UGUGACAGGACGCCCCUGGGCAACUUCAGGCUGGCUUCUAGUCAGUUUCACUAUUUCUCCAAGGCUCCUUCCAGGAAGUUCCUGGUUUCUAACCGAGAAUGCCGUUUGCCUGCAGACCCAACCACGAGUCUCCCAAUCAUGUCCCUGACACCGUUUGGGAUCCUUCAACGUCGUUGACGUGCCUUCAGAAUCGUCAUGAAGCCAACCUCUUGCAGUUGGAGAUGGCCAACGGGGAGAUGGCAUACAAGGUGUACGAAUUGAACCAGUUGCUCCAAGCUAAGGAUGCGGCACUGGAGGACCAGAAGGGCAGGCUGGCCGCUCUGAGCGGCCAACUCUCGGCUCUGCAGGGCCAGCGCUACCACUUGCAAAGCCAGGCGGAGGAGCUGGGGUGCAGGAACAGCGCCCGGAAAGCCGAGUACGAUUCCCUGCAGAGGCAUUUCCAGUGGCAGGAUAGGGCGUUUCGCCAGGCGCAGGAAAACGGGGAGCGGCUGCUCAAACAGGUCCUGCAGAAGAAGGCAGACUGGGCCCAGCAGGAGAACCAAAGGAUUGAAAGGGAGAAACAAACACAACUGACCAGGGAUCUUCAGGCGGCCACUAGGUCCGUACUCCGAGUAAAAAUAGACUCAGCAAAAGUGAAACCAGCGGAGAAGAAGUCGGCCAGCAGACACGACUCCGAAGAGAAGAAAGGAGGUGAAAAAUUGUGGAAAAGACCCUUCAGGUCCGCAUCGGCCUCCUCGCUCAGCACCACCAAAUACAAGGAAGCCGUCAAGGGCUGGUUUGAGUAAGUUGUUGGCGCCGUAUCCUUCCGGUUCUUUUGCCAGAACAUCUUUUUUUUAAAAAAAAAAAGAAACAAAAACCCAGUGGGUCUAUUUCUGAAAUCCAGUCGCUCUUUCAAUCUGCAAUUUUUAAAGUUCCUUCUUUCCCUUUCUUUCUUCUUCCUUCCUGCCUCCCUCCCUCUUUCCCUACUUCCGUCCCUUCCCUUCCUCACCUUCUCCUUCCUUCCUCCCUUUCUUUCCUUCUUCUCUUUCUCUCACCU